AUGGGGAAAUACGAAGGGGAAGUGGUUCGGAAACCAGUCCGGAACGGCCAGGCGCCGUGGCCACCGAAGCAGAUGGUUCCUGUUGGGGAAGGCCAAGGGCGCAGCUGGCGGCCCCGCUCCUCCUCUAUCACCAAGCCGCAGCUGUUUCACCUUCCCCUCUCGCUAAGGGGCACGACCCACACUUUCCAUGCCAUGCAUGAGCACAAAGAGGGACCCCAAGCACCUUUCCCUUUGGAGCCAGCUGUUGACUCGUCCCAAAUAUCAAACAGGAGCCCAGUGCCAGGGGAAGGGCUGAUCCAACAAGGCAGACAGGUGUCAGUCGGAAAGGGCAAACAACGGCACGGGGUUCGGAUCCUGUUGGCAGAGCAGCUGGGAGACGUGGGACAUCGGGGGAAAGGAAGGAGUCUCUACAAGGAGAAGACAACACUGUGGAUAGAGUCUUUCCAAAAGGAAGAAGGGGCCUCUCCAAGAAGAAGAAGCAAAGGGAGAAAGGAGAAGGAGCCUCUCCUAGAAAAAGAAGGCACUGUGGAAGAAGCCUUUGCAAAAGGAGUAAGGAGAAGGAAACCUCUCCAAGAAGGAGUAGCAAAGGAAGAAGCAGAAAGCCUCUCCAAGGGAAGGAAGGAAAGAAAUAAGAAGGAAGGAGCCUUUCCAAGGAGAAGGAGCCUUUGCAAAAAGAGGAGAGAAAGGGAGAAGGAGGAGGAAGCCUUUGGCAUUGUGGAAGAGGAGCCUUUGCAAAAAAGAGGAAGCAAAAGGAGAAGGAGGAAGCCUUUCCUAGAAGAAGAAAAAGCCAAGGACGAAGUAGAAAGCCUCUCCAAGGGAAGGAAGGGAAGAAAUAAGAAGGAAGGGGCCUCUCCAAGGAGAAGACAGCACUGUGGAAGGAGCCUUUCCAAAAAAGGAGCCAAAAGAGUAAGCAAAAGGAGAAGAAGAAAGCCUUUCCAAGAAGAAGAAGAGGGCACUGUGGAAGGGACCCCUCCUCCGACCAGGCUUGGGUGGGCUCCUCGGCUCCUUCCCGGCUGCUUUUGCUCCUCGAGGGUCCGGGAAAGAUGA